AGCGGCUACCAAGACACCAUGGGCAAGGUCAUCCGCGGCUGCCGUAAGGGCAAGGGGACCAUCUUCACGGCGCACACGCGGCUCCGCAAGGGCCCCGUGAAGUUGCGCAAGGCCGACUACGCGGAGAAGACGGGCUACGUCAAGGGCGUCGUCAAGGCCAUCGUCCACGAGUCCGGCCGCGGCGCGCCCAUCGCCAAGGUCCAGUUCCAGAACUCGUACCGCUUCCAGCGCGACAACGAGCUCUUCGUCGCGGCCGAGGGCCUCUACGAGGGCGCGUUCAUCUACUGCGGCGCCAAGGCCCAGCUCGCCGUGGGCAACGUGCUGCCCAUCAGUGCCAUCCCCGAGGGCACGGUCAUCUGCAACGCGGAGGCGCGCCCGGGGGACCGCGGCGCGUUCGCGCGGUGCUCGGGCGACUACGCCGUCGUCGUGACGCACGACGAGGACCACGGCACGACGAAGCUCCGCCUCCCGUCCGGCGGCAAGAAGACGGUCAAGUCCGUCUGCCGCGCCAUGAUCGGCAUCGUCGCCGGCGGCGGCCGCACGGACAAGCCCAUGCUCAAGGCCGGCCGCGCUUACCACAAGUACCGCGUCAAGCGCAACGAGUGGCCCAAGGUCCGCGGCGUCGCCAUGAACCCCGUCGAGCACCCCCACGGCGGCGGCAACCACCAGCACAUCGGCCACCCGUCGACGACGAAGCGCAUCUGCUCCGCGGGCAAGAAGGUCGGCCUCAUCGCCGCGCGCCGCACGGGCCGCCUCCGCGGCCUCAAGAAGACGGCCGUCGACAAGGACUGAGCGGCCCGGUGACGGCGGGGCCGCGUCCAAUUUCGCGAUCAUCGCCAGCAUCAUCUCCGAGCACGGGGGGGCCGCCGGCGCCGGCCCCCGCCCGUCGGAACCCGCGACGUCAUCGGGCGGCGCGCGCGCGCGCCUCCCGCUAACACUACCACUCGU